GACAAGAUAAGCCAAGACGCGCAGCUAUAACAAUAUACAAAGCGUGGAGACUGAGCUCGUUUCGAUGCAGUGUGUGAAGCACAUGCAGAUCUGAAGAGCGUCCUCGCGCAGUGACGUCAUGACGUAAAACACGCCAGACUUUCAGGAAGAGAUAUCAGCUUUGCUUCUGUCUGUUUGGCCCGUCCAUGAGUGUGUUGUUGCUGGAGGCCUUUAAUGGCGGCUCUCACAAACAGCUGCUUGAUCUUCUUCAGGAAGGUGUUGAAGAUUGUGUAAGCUUCACUUUGCCUGCAAAGAAAUGGCACUGGAGGGCCAGAACAUCAGCCCUGUACUUUAUGCAGACAGUUCCAGCCAGUUCCUCCUACAGAGUGUUAUUCACCAGCUCUGUUCUCAAUCUUGCUGAGCUUGUAGCCCUGCGUCCUGAUCUCGCCCGUCUGAAAAAGGUUCUGUACUUCCAUGAAAACCAGCUGGUCUAUCCAGUCCGCAAAAGCCAAGAAAGAGACUUCCAGUACGGCUACAACCAGAUCCUCUCAUGCCUGGUUGCAGAUGUAGUGGUGUUCAACUCCUCGUUCAACAUGGAGUCGUUCCUGUCAUCCAUCUCCACCUUCAUGAAGACCAUGCCUGACCAUCGGCCCAAAGAUCUGGACCGGCUCAUCCGGCCCAAGUGCCACGUGCUCCACUUCCCAAUUCGCUUUCCUGAAGUCACAAGAUUCCUACCCGCACACAAAUGUCUCAGGCAUUUAGGGCGGCAGGAUAUCCACAAUCCAGCUGUUCAACACACUGAUCACACAUCAGUUGCAAGUUUUUCCGACAUUACAAAAGACACUGAAUCACCUGAAGGGAAAGUACAUGAGGAAGGACCGCAGACUGUGAGUGUGGUAUCGGGUGAUGAUGACAGAGACAAGCUUCGGCCACUCCACAUAGUCUGGCCACAUCGCUGGGAACAUGACAAAGACCCGCAGCUGUUCUUCCAGACCUUACUGAAACUCAAAGAACGACAGCUGAGCUUUGAAGUUUCUGUCCUGGGAGAGACUUUCACUGACGUUCCAGACAUCUUUGCAGAAGCCAAAGAACAGUUGGUUGACCACAUCCAGUACUGGGGUUUCAUGCCCAGUAAGGAAGAUUACCUCAAAGUGCUAUGCCAAGCAGAUGUCGUCGUUUCCACGGCCAAGCACGAGUUUUUCGGAGUGGCGAUGUUAGAAGCAGUCCACUGCGGUUGUUAUCCUCUGUGUCCAAAUGCUUUGGUCUAUCCCGAAAUAUUCCCUGUGACAUAUCUGUAUUCAACACCUGAACAGCUGUGUAAAAAAUUACAAAAUUUCUGCAAGCGUCCACACCUAGUCAGACAACAUGUUAUUCAGGUAAACAUCAGCACUUUUUCCUGGGAAACUCUAGAGCGCAGGUUCAGAUCUCUCCUUAAAGCGGAUGAUGACAUGAUUUCAACAGAGCAGCACACAUCAUGAAGAGACCCCAGAAUAAAAUCACACAGUAUUUAAAAUCCAACCUCACUGUGAAAGAAAGUUUAUGAUGUAUUCAGAUAUGCUGCACAAGCUUUUAAAAACUGUAUCUACUGUACCAUCAACAAAAUCUUUUUAUCACCUUACAUCUGCACGGUAACUUGAAUGCAGGAAAAACAACUUUUAUAUUUGUGGUUAAUGGAAAAAAGAACAAAGUAAAAAUAAAACAAUCGAAAAACCUGU